AUGGCGCCGAUCGAGGAAGAGCAUGAGCACUACCACCCCAAGGAUGCGGUCCACCUUGGCCUGAAGGGCGCCGCUGUCGUCGGUGGCAUUGGCCUGCUCUUCGCCGCCGUCAGGACCUCUCUGGCCAGGAAAAACGUUGGCCCCUGGGCAAUCUUCACCCGGAACGGCAAGCUCGCUGCCACGUUUGCCGCCGUUGGUGGCGCCUAUGACUUCACCCGAGCCGCCGCUGCGAACCUGCGUGAAAAGGAGGACUGGGUCAACAAUGGCAUUGGUGGUCUCUUUGCCGGUGCCACGAUGGGCCUUACCACCGGCCGCAUCCCCCGCGUUCUGGGCUUCGCCGCCCUGACUGGUGUCGUACUGGCCACUGCCGAAUAUGCGGGCAGCGGCCUGAGGGGAGUCUUCAAGCGCGAUGUGGACGAGUACGAGCGGAAGGAGUUCCUGCGCAAGAAUAGGAGGAGGCCAAUCGAGGAGACGCUGGCCGAGAUUGGCGAGGGCAGAGGUAUCAAGCCGCCGGGCUACUACGAGCGGAGGGCACAGAGGCUGAAGGAGAAGUAUGGCGUCGAUAUCAACCCCGUCUGCGCUGACCCGGACCAGGCUUAA